CCAUGGCACAAAAGAAGAGUAUCGUCUUCUUCCACCCAGAUCUGGGCAUUGGUGGUGCUGAGAGACUGGUCAUUGAUGCUGCUGUCGGUCUCCAAGCGCGUGGUCACAAAGUCACCAUCUUCACGUCGCAUUGUGAUCCGGGCCAUUGCUUCGAGGAAGCUCGUGAUGGAACUCUCGAUGUACGCGUCCGCGGAAACUCACUCAUCCCUUCGACCAUCUUCGGCCGCUUCGCCAUCCUCUGUGCCAUCCUAAGACAGCUGCAUCUCGUGUGUAUUGUUGCAUUAUGGAACUACGAACUCGACCAUCUCCGACCCACCCACUUCUUCGUCGAUCAAUUGAGUGCCGCAGUACCUCUCCUCCGUUUCCUGUACACUGAUGUCGGCAUCCUCUUCUACUGCCACUUCCCGGAUCAAUUGCUUGCUCANAAAGGAGAAGGUGCUAUAGCCAUCCUGAAGAAGGCAUACAGAGUACCUUUCAAUGCCAUUGAAGGUUGGAGUACUGCUUCCAGUCAUGGCAUUGUCGUCAACAGCAAUUUCACUGGUGGCGUCGUCAAGCGCGUCUUCCCUAGUCUGUCAAGCAGAGACUGGAAGGUCGUCUAUCCUUGUGUCGAUACCUCAUCUGCAAAUCAGCUUCAGAGGAAAGCCAUGUGGCCAAACCGAAAGCUGGUCUUGAGCAUCAAUCGCUUUGAGAAGAAGAAGGAUGUUGCUCUUGCUGUCAAGGCUUUUGCUACCCUUUCCGAUUCUGCUCGCAAGUCGGCUUUGCUAGUCGUUGCUGGUGGCUAUGAUCCUCGUGUCCCCGAGAAUGUCAACACUCACAAGGAGCUCCAAGAAUUGGCCGACUCUUGCGGCCUCGUACACGAGACUCACAAGGACCUUCCUGAUCCUUCCAUCAUUUCGACAAAGACAUCGGUCCUCUUCCUCCUCUCUGUCCCGAACUCGCUAAAACAAUCUCUUCUUGCUUCUGCCGAUCUGCUUGUCUAUACUCCGCAAAACGAACACUUCGGUAUCGUGCCUCUCGAGGCUAUGCUCGCCGAAGUACCCGUGCUGGCUGCGAACGAAGGUGGCCCUCUUGAGACUGUUGUUGAAGGAGAAACUGGCUGGCUACGUGACAUCCGCAAGCCUGGCGAAUGGACUGCUGUCAUGACACGCGUGCUCGAGGCUCCAAAUCCUGCUGAGUUGCGCAAGAUGGGCGAGAAUGGUCGCAAGCGCGUUCAAGCCGAGUUUUCAAAAGAGCAAAUGGCUCUUCGUCUCGACCAAUCUCUGGACCAAGUGUCGAACCCGCCAAAAAGUCCUUCCAGUAUACCCGACUGGCUUUGGAUGACCAUCGCUGUAAUUUUCAUUGUUAUCUUCUUGUCCCUUGCUGCUACAUGGCUGUUGUUCAUAGGGUUGAACUUGGUCAAAACCGAGCAGGGGGCAUCACCGCAGUACAAUGCUGGUGGAACCGUCACUGAGAAAAUCAUCACUGUUACCACACAAAUCGUAAGGAACGAACUG